GAAGGGUGCGCCGUGAAGCGGCCGCGCGCUGGUGAUGAAUCGCGGUCCCGCCAAAGGCGACCACCGCAAUUACGAACCAGCCUGACGUCGCAGUUCCGCGACGCGCACCAACUGCCAAGCAGUUGGACGCACAUUGAGCCAUUUUGGCCCGAGCAAUUUUUCUUUGCAGUUGUUCUUUUUGGACCAGUCCCUGGCGAUACCAGCGGACGACUGCAUUCGGUGACGAUGGGCGGGCUCUGCAGCAAGCAGUCGCCCACCGAGGCAGCGGAGACCGCGCCGGCGCCCGCCGCAGAUGUGGCCACCUACGGUAAAGGCUCAUGAGGGAAAAAUGAGCACAAGCGCAAAUAAGUCAUGGUUUCCAUGAAGACAUGGGAGGAUUUUGGAAACGGGGGAGAAGAGGCACAUCCAGAAAUACUGACACGUAUGGGGCAUCCUAGGAUCUGUAUCGACUUGUUCGUGUCUCCCUGAGCCCCAUUCCAAGGUUUUGAGCACAACGUGAUGUUUCUCUGCAACCACAACUCCUGCCGCUCGCAGAUGGCCGACGGGUGGCUGCGCCACCUCCGGGGGGAUAGUGCGUCUGUGGGGGUGGCCUCGGCCGGUAUCGUGGGGGGCACCGCGGUGAAGGAGGGCGCGAUCACGGUGAUGAAGGACCAGGGUGGGCAUCGACAUCUCUUCCUACACUUCGGACGCUAUGGCCGACUACAAGCACGAAGACUUCGACAUCGUUGGCGGAUUUCGUGCUGCGGCUGCGGGAGCAAGCUGGACGGCGACAAGCAAGUGUGGAAGGAGCGUUCGGUUUUCGAGGACUGGAACCUGGAUGACCCCCCAGCCAUCGACCCUGGAGAUUUGUCUGCGUACCGUCGCGUGCGCGACGAAAUCAAGGUGAAGGUCGAGGAGUUGCUCAAGUUCGCGUGUGAGUAAGUCGUUUUUUCUCUACGAGAGCCAUCGUCGAUGCCGCCGCACCCUCCACCCGCGGAGGCUCCCACCUGGUUCGCUCGCGUCUGUUAGGCUCCAAAGAGAUGCCCGUAGAGCAUUGGCCGCGUCGGCUUUCAAAGUACGCACAUGCUGCGAGUCAGCUUGCCAGACCGCUCUCGCAUAUCGCACAUGUCGAACAAGUGCCUUUCUCCGCACA